UUCUCUAAUGUUUCUCUUAGUCUCUCUCUCUCUCUCUAAAGCUGUGCAUUAAUCAUGAAGUGCUAAAUGUAAAUUUUAUUCAUUUUGGUUUCAGAUGCUCAAGUUGAAAUGAUGGUGAAGAUGGAAUCAUGGCUGGAAGAAGAUUCAUGAGUAGCAGUGCAGAGGUCAUGAGCAUCAUCAGAACAAGAAGAAACAACAAGCAAGAUGAAAUAUAUGAAACUUGGAACAAAACCAGAUACUUUCUACACUGAAGAGGCCACAAGGUCAAUAAUGACAGAUGUGCCAACCGACCUCAUCAUUCAAGUUAACAAUACAAAGUAUCUUCUACAUAAGUUUCCCCUUCUUCUCAAGUGCGGCUUACUCCAACGGCUAUGGUCCGAAACAGACAAAGAAGGCCUUCCAGCUCCAAUCCUCCUCCUCGAUCUCCCCGGCGGCGAACCGGCCUUCGAACUUUGCUCCAAGUUCUGCUACAACAUCACGAUCAACCUCAGUGCCCAUAACUUCAUCCAAGCCAUGGCAGCUGCCGCCCAUCUUCAGAUGACUGAAUCAGUCUCCAGAGGAAAUUUGAUCCUCAAACUCGAAAAUUUCUUCUAUUCCUGCAUUCACCAUGGAUGGAAAGAUUCAGUUGUUACUCUCCAAAAUGCAAGUUUUAUGAACUGGAAUGAUGAUCAGAGAAUAAUACAAACUUGCCUCGAUUCCAUUGUUGAUAAAAUCCUCACACCUCCAUCACAAGUUACAUGGUCUUAUACUUACACAAGACCAGGUUUCAGCAGAAAGAAGCACAGUUCUGCUCCCAGAGAUUGGUGGACAGAAGACAUAUCUGAUCUUAAUAUUGAUUUCUUCUGCUCCAUUAUCCAUGCUCUCAGAUCAAAAAAACGGCUCCUUUCAGCUCUCAUUGGAGAAGCAAUUCAUGUUUUUGUAUGCAAACAGCUCCCAGAUCCAGAUGAAGUUAAUUCAGCACAAAGUUUGAGUAAAUAUGAACAUGAAACCACGGCGAAGAAUCAAAGAAUGCUUGAAUCUGUAGUAAGUACAAUUCCAGCUGAACCUGGUUCUGUAUCAGGGAAAUUCUAUGUAAAACUGCUCAAAAUUGCAAGUUUUGUGGGCGCUUCUCCUUCUGUUAAGGCUGAGUUAGUGAGAGGAUGUGGUCGUCAGCUUGAUGAAAUUGAGCCGAAAGAUCUAAUUUUUCAUUCUCCAGCCAUGAGAAGAUCGUUAGAUACUGAUAUUGUUGAAGCAAUAAUGGAGAAUUUCUUAAGACGGUUCAGUCGUCCGCCUGUGAGUGAAGAAGAGAGUGAGCGCAGGCUUAGCUCCAUGAAAAGAGUGGCAGGGAUAUUUGAUUCUUAUCUGGAGAUUAUUGCCCAUGAUUCUGAGCUUUCUGCAACUAAAUUUCUGGAUCUUGCCGUAAUAUUGCCAGAGAGAGCAAGACACAAACAUGAUGGGCUAUAUCAAGCGAUUGAUACAUUCAUCAAGGAACACCCAGAGCUCAGCAAGACAGACAGAAAGGAACUUUGCAGACUAAUCGAAUGUCAUAAACUUUCAGCUGAAGCGAGAUCACACGCAAUAGCGAACGACAGAAUGCCAUUAAGAACAAUAGUUCAGCUCUUAUACAUACAGCAAGACGAAGCUUCAAGAGGCCCUCAUGGACUCCAUAAACGCCAUUCUUUUGAUCCUCUGAAUCUUCACAGGAGAGGAACAAAGAUGGAGGCUAAAGAAGCAGGGAGAGCAGAAAAGGAGAGGGGGAUUACAGUGGAGCCGAAGGUGGUGAAGGUAGCUGAAGCUUCUUCUAAUGUUGUUAGAGAUAGAUUCAGAGGAGAAGGCAGGGAGGAUAAGAAAAAGUUAAGAGAUGAUAUGUAGAGCAUUGAUAUUUGAUUUUAAGUGCAUUUUUUUUAUAUGUUUGAGUUUU